GAAGACGGUAAGCGCACGACAAUACAAAGACUUUCCGAGAAACUGUUUGAUGGCUACAGGAAGGACUUCUUACCGCGUCUCAAUGAAUCAGUGCCGGUUAAGGUGGAGUUCGAUUUUGAAAUAAUCACCAUCAAAGACGUGGUGAGUCUCUGAAGUUAACUCCAGUGAUAUCAAAUGAAUGUUUAUUGCAUAACAAUUCCAGUUUCUGCAUACCUAUUAGAAAGUUUUUCAAUAGGAGGGCGGAGAAACAGGGUGUAUCAGUAACAAUUCUAAUCGUUGCCACCUAAAAUUGUUGUACAUGAAACGGAUGCAGUUACACAACUUUUAUUGAAAAGGUAUGAUAACAUACCUUUCAAACUUGUUACAUCCUUACUAAGGAACCCUCACUGUAAUUUCAGAACGCCAAGGACCAGACUAUGACAGUGUAUGGCUGGGUACGACAGGUAAAUAUUUCAUCUUCAUCUUUUAAAGUGAACGGUUAUUAAAUGACUGUACAUAUAUAUGAAAGCACAUACAUUACAACUGCGGACAAAGAAAUUAAUACAGAAGCGAUUUUCAUAAUAAUGAACACUACUUAGCACUACUUAGGCAAUAGUGAAAAUAACGCCUGAAAAAAUCUUUUUCUUGGCCUUAUUUUCUCUACGAUAAGGAAAUAUUUUUGCCGGCCCUAUUUUCACUACUGCUUAAGAAGCGUUCAUUGCUGCAAAGAUCGCUUCCAUAUUCAGAACGGUUAUUAUUUUCCUCCUGGAGCGGCUGGGGGAGGGGUUUGGAUCCCCUCUCGUUGGCAGUUAAUUGCAACUGGGAGUCAAUUUUCAACGGUACCCUCUUUAAACUCUGUUGACGACGACUGUUUCUCCUCCUCAUCCCUUGAAAAUUAAGUGACCCCCUCCCCUCCCCUUCCCUAGCACUUUCGGUCCUUUCACUGAAUUGGGGUGACUAUGAGAUUUUGUUCCGAUCCACUCAGGUUUGGCACAAUCCGUUUCUUCAGUGGAAUUCUUCCGAAUAUGGUGGCAUUAAAAACCUUCAGGCAAGCGCCGAGAAGAUCUGGGUACCAGACAUACUCAUGUACAACAAGUAAGAGGAAGCUAACACUAACGUGUCAAAUUAACUGAAUAAAAGGGAAACCGUAUUAAACAUUAUUACAUUUUUAACUCCGAAUGUUGCUUUUCUAGUAUCCUGAUUGGUUCAUUCAACUCCAGUAAUCAGCUCAUAUUCCGAAUCGCUGUAUGUGGAAAUGCACUGCAACAACUGUUGCGGAGCUGAAAAGAGCUCCAAAUAUCCAAACGUUCAGGAUUUAAUGAAAUUUAAUAGAGCAAGUAUUCCAUUCGUGCCUGUUGGAUACGAGAUUGGGUGUAGUAAUAAAAUCUUGGUUAUAGCCAACGAGGCACGUAUCUCUUAUCCAACGCGCGCUCUUAGAAUAACUAGGGACCUUGAGCAGUCAGGACGGCAACGCCGUGGAGGAAGUGAAUCAAAAAUAAAAAAUUGAAUUCUUAUUUUUAGUAAGAAUUUACAAGAAUGUUCCACCACCAUCGAAAAGUAGUCGCACUAACCUACGCAUUUAGACACAAGGAUGGUCAGUUCGAUCUUUGCCAAGACAGUGACUAAUCUGAGAAUUACAUUUUACCUUUUUCUAGCGUUGACCUCCAAGACCGUAUUGGUGGUGGACCUACAACAUACAAAACCAAAGUUGUCGUCCAAGCGAACGGACAAAACGACUGGACAAGUCCUGCCAUUUUCCAAACUCUGUGUUCCAUAGAUGUAACCUACUUCCCCUUCGACAUACAAAAAUGUUCUCUUAAGUUCGGUUCUUGGGCCUCAAGCAGUCAACAGUUAGCUAUGAGCUCGGAACAGAUGAGUGGGAAAACAAAUCAGUAUGUGGACAAUGGCGAAUGGGAUAUCCUCAAAAUAGAAGCUAAAAGGAACGUUGUGCAAUACAGAACGGGAACUUUUGAUGACGUGACAGUUACCAUCGUGAUAGGUCGCGAGUACUUCAUCUUCUGUGUGAACUUAAUAAUUCCGUGCUUUCUUAUUUCGUCAAUGAUAUUUCUAGGUUUUAUUCUUCCUCCAGAAUGCGGAGAGAGGAUUGGGUUAAGUAUUACCGUUCUCCUCGCUAUGACGGUCUUCCAACAGUUAACUUCGGACAUUUUCCCUUCAUUUUACUUCCCGCUCCUUGGUCAGUAUUAUUUUGCAACCAGCGUAGAAAUAAGUAUUUCAAUUUUGGCGACAACGGUGAUUCUUAAUUUCACAGCGCGCAAAAACAAAAAAAUGCCACGCUGGAUGCGGAAGUUGAUGCUGCAGUGGAUGGCGCGUGUGGUCCUCCUGGGGAAAACUGUGGAAAAAAGUUGUCCAAAACCAAAAUUCAAAAGAUCCACCCCGCGAAGAAGGCCGGAGACGGAAUACAAGGACCAUAAAGAAGCCAGGGAAAAUGGAGCUGUUGUUCAUGAGCAAAUGAUGCACGGAUCGUCACCCGAUCAAUCCGAGCGAAAGGAUGACCGCCUUGUGGCUGAGCUCAAAAGCAUGUUCAUGAUUUCCAAAAGUCUUGAUUGUGGUGGCUUACGGUACGCCAACUCGGUCAAGAGCACCCACUCGAAUGGAUUUACAGACGAAAAUCCCUACAGCCCUGAACCUUACGAAGUCUGGAACGAGACUAGCUUGGCAUGUACAGGAGUACUUGAUGAAAAUGGCGAAGAACUCGACGAAUACGAACUUAAUUUACGUAAAUGGGAGUGGAUCAUGGCCGCUAGGGUCCUGGAUCGAGCUUUACUAUGGAUUUGCAUAAUUACUGGAAUUGUAACAUUCCUAGCCAUUUUCAUGCGAGCACCUCGCUUGCAAGAAAUAAUAUUUGGUUCCUAG